AUGUCUUGCGGAGAGUGGGUGUGCUGUCCGUCGUGUGGCGGGUGUGGUUGCUGCAACUGCCAGAACACCGGCUACGUCCUCAUGCCGAAGAACAACUACGGCCCUCCUCCAAUGACUUGCUGCUGUAGUGGCGGCUGCUGUAGGAUGCUGAACAACAUGGGCAACAUGAAACAGCAGUGCUCCAGCGAAGGUGUCGACGACGAACGAGCGGGUAAAGAUAAGAGCAGUAAAGAUAAAAGUGGAAAAGACAAAGAUGACAAAGAGGAUAAGAAAAAGGGUGGGAAGGAUGCCAACAAAAGAGAGUCUCUAAGUCAAAGAUUGACGGCCGGGGGUGGCGGGAAAGGAGAAAAGGGAGGAAAAGGAAGAAAGAAUUCUAAAGAUUAA